AUGUCAAAUCUUACCUCUGCUUCUGGGUUCCUGCUUCUGAAAUUUUCUCAAGUUCGAGAGUUACAGAUCUUAUAUUUCUUCCUGUUUCUAGCAGUAUACCUGAUCACCCUGCUGGGGAAUCUUUUCACCAUCAUUUCAAUUGUUGUUGACCAUCACCUGCACACACCAAUGUACUUCUUCUUAAUGAACUUGGCAAUUAUUGAUAUUGGUUCCAUAUCAUCCAUUGUACCCAAAUCCAUGUUCAACUCUCUCGGGAACAACUGUUUCAUUUCUUAUUUUAAAUGUGCCUUUCAGGUUUUCUUUUUCUUUGAUGCAUCUGAGUUCUCUCUCUUAACAGUAAUGGCACAUGUUGCUAUUUAUAAUCCAUUACAAUAUGAAACAAUAAUGAAUAGCAGAACCUGUAUUAAAAUGGUAGCCAUGGUGUGGUUAUCUGGUUUCCUUUAUGCCAUAUUGCACACAAGCAGUACAUUUUCAAUAACUUUCUGUUCAAAUGAAGUUGACCAAUUUUUCUGUGAAAUCCCCAAACUACUGAAACUUUCUUGCUCUGACCUAUACUUAGUGGAAGGUGUUCUUCUUGUAGUGAGCUGUAACCUAGCAUUCGGUUGCUUUAUCUUCAUCAUUAUAAGUUAUGUAUGGAUCUUCAGAGCUGUACUUCAGAUCCGUUCUGUACAGGGACGGCAAAAAGCUCUCUCUACUUGUCUCUCACACUUAAUUGUAGUCUCAGUGUUCAUUUGUAUUGGUUUCUUUGUCUAUGCACAACCUCCCAGCAACAGUUCAUCUUAUUUAGACUUAGUUUUUUCCAUAAUAUAUGUGAUCUUUCCUCCUAUGAUGAAUCCAUUCAUUUACAGCAUUAGAAAUAAAGAGUUUCAGAAUGCCUUGUUCAAGUUUUUAAAUCUUGGGUAA